UUGGUAAGUCUCCGUGCCACACAGAAGUGAGACCUUCAGCGGUCAGUCCUGGGGCCCCCUCUGGUCUUUAGUUAUCUCCGCCACCAGCGCACCUGGGGGGAGUCUCUCAUCGCUGCGUUGGAAAUGGAGGAAGGAAAACCUGGAAACACGGGAGGAAACGCAAUUCCACUGGGCAGUCGCCAGCGGCGCGCACGGGCUUAGGGGGCGUCGGCGAAGGCGCUGCCACCGGGGGGCCGGGGAGACCGACCUUAAAGGAGGGGGAGGGCUGGGGCAGUGAGCAUAAGGGGAGACGUUCUCAAACCGUCAUGGGGUGCAAGCCCGCGGCGAAGGCGGCCCCCCGGUGCCAGAUCCCAGCACUUGUCUUUUUUUUUUUUGCCCAGGCGGUGGGUCACCAGACCCGGCAGAGAAAGAGCGGCAGCCUGGGUGGUGGCCCCUGGACGCUCUCCGCCUCUGCUGGCCCCUCCCUCCUUCCUUGUCACCUCCCCCUUGCCGCGCGUCCUAAAACGCGGCGGGCGCCUUUAAGAGGGAGCUCGAUUACCCUAGGGGCGGGAACCCCUCGGCAGAUCGGGAGGUAGCGGCGCUCGUCCGCGAUGCUCCUCACUUUCUGCUCCAGCUCCAGCCGCCACCGCCGCCGCCGCCUGGACCGCCACCGCCACCUCCGCCUCCUCCCCCUCUGCCUGGAAGCGUCGUUUUUUGCAGCGGAGGAGAGAAGUGCUAUGUCAGGAAAGUUCCGGGAGGCACUGGCUGGGGCCAUGCUCCCUGGGCUCUCCCGCAGGCGCCCGCGCGCAGCCCUUUGUAUGAGGAAACAGUGAAGUAAAGUUCAACAGAAUAAUAAAGAUCGAUAUUGGCUGAAUGUGAAAAAACUUUUACAAAGCCAGAAGCAGAAGGACACGUGUGGAAGAUGGAACUCUUUGUCCGUUUUCCAGAGUGUGUGUCCAAGCCCGUCAGUGACACGUGAUAUUGCUGCUCUGUGCUGAAAUGCUCGAAGAACACCUCCAUCUCUGCUGGCGCCUUCCAUCCUGCUGAAACCAUGGUCUUCUCUGCAGUGUUGACUGCGUCCCAUAGUGGGGCAUCCAACACAACAUUCGUAGUUUAUGAAAACACCUACAUGAAUAUUACGGUCCCACCACCAUUCCAGCAUCCUGGCAUUGGUCCACUGCUGAGAUACAGUUUUGAAACCAUGGCCCCCACUGGAAUGAGUUCCUUGACAGUGAAUAGCACCGCUGUGCCCCCAACACCAGCAGUCUUUAAGAGUCUAAAUUUGCCUCUCCAGAUCAUCCUUUCUGCUCUAAUGAUAUUUAUUCUGUUUGUGUCUUUUCUUGGGAACUUGGUUGUUUGCCUCAUGGUUUACCAAAAAGCUGCCAUGCGAUCUGCCAUUAACAUCCUCCUGGCCAGCCUGGCUUUUGCAGACAUGUUGCUUGCAGUGCUAAACAUGCCCUUUGCCUUGGUUACUAUCCUUACUACCAGAUGGAUUUUUGGCAGAUUCUUUUGUAGGGUGUCUGCUAUGUUUUUCUGGAUGUUUGUGAUAGAGGGAGUAGCCAUCCUGCUUAUCAUUAGCAUUGAUAGGUUUCUUAUUAUAGUCCAGAGGCAGGAUAAGCUAAAUCCAUACAGGGCUAAGGUUCUCAUCGCAGUUUCUUGGGUAUUUUCCUUUUGUGUAGCUUUUCCUUUGGCAGUAGGAAACCCUGACCUGCAGAUACCUUCCCGCGCCCCCCAGUGCGUGUUUGGGUACACAACCGACCCGGGUUACCAGGCUUAUGUAAUUUUGAUUUCUCUCAUUUCUUUUUUCCUACCCUUCCUGGUGAUACUGUACUCCUUUAUGGGCAUACUCAAUACUCUUCGGCACAAUGCCUUGAGGAUCCAUAGUUACCCUGAAGGCAUAUGCCUCAGCCAGGCCAGCAAACUGGGUCUCAUGAGUCUCCAGAGGCCCUUCCAGAUGAGCAUUGACAUGGGCUUUAAAACGCGUGCCUUCACAACCAUUUUGAUUCUCUUUGCUGUCUUCAUUGUCUGCUGGGCCCCAUUUACCACGUACAGCCUUGUGGCCACGUUCAGCAAGCACUUUUACUAUCAGCACAACUUUUUUGAGAUUAGCACCUGGCUACUCUGGCUCUGCUACCUCAAGUCUGCAUUGAACCCGCUGAUUUACUACUGGAGGAUUAAGAAAUUCCACGAUGCCUGCCUGGACAUGAUGCCCAAGUCCUUCAAGUUUUUGCCGCGGCUCCCUGGUCACACAAGGCGACGGAUACGCCCCAGUGCUGUCUAUGUGUGUGGGGAACAUCGGACGGUGGUGUGAAUAGUGGAAUUGCCUGACAUUUGGGGUGAUGGUGGUUCUUUAUCUGACUUUGAAUUUUCUUUCUCAUGGCUUCUCCACUUAAACUAUGUUGAUUUUCAUAGAGCGUGUGUGUGUGUGUGUGUGUGUGUGUGUGUGUGUGUGCCCACACAUAUGUGCGUGUGCAUGCAUGUGCAGUGUAAAGAAAGAAUGGUGAUUAGUUACAUACUGUUACCAAGGAUAUUCAAGGGGGAAGUGAUCACAAGUGUUACCUCCAGGGUUCAAGAGAAAUCCUUGAUUUAUGAUGAGGUGAUGGUUUUCUGUUCCUUUGAUUUUGUUUUUAUAGCAGGAAUCAGGAUUGUGCUUUAUUGAGCCUGCAGUUACAUUGGAUUGUAGGUAUUUUGUAUGCUGCUAAGAUAUACUUAGUUGAGUUUAUUGGUUCUUUUUUUUUUUCUGGAAGACACUGCUGCUUUUUGCCAUCACAUUGGAGCCAAAAACCACAUACAUUUCAGUAGAUAAAUAUUUAGUUUUAUUAAAGAAAAAUAAUCCAAAGGGGUUAGUGACAUUUUAAAGAUCAUUAAUAUUUACUUUGGUGCACUUUAAGAAAUAAUGUAAAAACAUUCAAUUUUGUUUUUCAGAAUUGUUUUUAUACAUGACAUGUUGUGCUUUAGAAACAUUGUAUUAUUUCUAGUAAGAUAGUUUUUUUCAAUGUUUUAUCUGCAUGUGCGGUUUUAAAGGAGAGAACAUAAAAAUGUGGAACUUUUCCUAAGCACUGUAGUGAAUCUUUAAACCAGUAAGGCAAAGCUGAGGAGAUGGAGCACCCUUGCAAGUUUAAAUGGGAUGCAGAGAGGCUGCGGCUGGUGUGGGCUGUAGUGAUUCCUUUUACUCAAGGAUUCUUUCUCUGAGUCCACUAGGGAGAAGGAGAACCAGUUAUUAGACCUUACCAUAUGCCAGGCACUGUGCAUCAUUUUAUCCUCACAGCACCCUGUGAAGCAGGUAUUAUUUCUUCCUUUUUUACAGGUGAAGAAGGCAAAUCUCAGAGAGACUAAAACUCCACCUAAGUAGAGUUAGUGGUAGAGCUGAAAUCUAAAAAUCUGUCAGAGUCCUGAGACUAGUUCCACAGUACCACACAGACACCUCAUUCAGGUUUGGAUGUUUCACAGUCAAGAGGGAACUAUAUGUAUCCUUUCUUUUUUUUUUUUUUUUAGACUAAAAAUUUCUUUUUAAAAGGAGUGUCAUUUUUUGUAUUACCAAAAGAAGUGUCAAACUAUUGCAGAAAAUCUGAAAAAUAAAAAAGAAGUCACUCAUAACCACCUUUCAAAAGUGGAACUUAAAAUCCUAGAUCAGUAAGGUUAUAAGGAAAUAAGUGAUGUUUUUGGUGUGCAAAACAAGUGACCAUCAUUGGGAGGUUCAGUACAGCUCUAUAUAAGCCUUUGCCUUCUAGGUUUGGAUGUUGCCAGUUGUCUAGCUAUAUUUCCCAGUGUUCUCAGUAGAACAGCAUUUUUGAUCAAGUGCUUGGCUGGAGCAGAGCUGGUGUUUAUGAACAUGCUUAGAGAUGUGUCUCUUAUGAAGAGGUGAAGAUACAGCUCUGCACCUAGAGCGAGUUUUCAUUUAAGGCAAGUCUGGAGUUUCAGAUUCUUUUUCUCUCGAUGAAGAUCUGCCCCUUCUCCAGCUCAGGUGCAUCCAGGGCCCUUGGUGAACUUCUCUUAUCAACCCCUGGAACACUUUAUAAAACAGCCCACAGGGAUGGGGCUUCAGACUGAGGCCAUAAGUGCUGGAAGUGUAGCCCUUUGACUACAUCAUAGGCUUUAUAAAUAGGCUCAUUAACCAUGAACACUUCUUGGAUUUAUAGCAUCUUUUCAGAGUUUUAGUGCUUUGUGACCAGUGGGAAAAGAGCCUUGGUUUUUUCAGUUAUACAACCAGAGUUGAACUUAGAUGAAUCUUUAAGGUCUUAUCCAGCUCUAAUGUGAUAAUAGAGAUUGUUAAAGAGCCCAGUUGAUGUCAGCAUCAAUAUUUGGUCUCCAGUAUUAUUUCUUUACAUUUUACUUCAUUAGAUGUUUCUUAACCUUGAAUGUCUGAAGAGCACAUGGCACCAUAUCAGAAAUUAGGACUUUGGAAGAUGGGCGUUAUCAUGAGAGACCUGGGAAAUCCUGCUCUUGAGGCAAUUGCCGUGGUAUUGGAACUCAUUUUCCAGUUAACUUCUCUUAAUGGGAUUAUUCAUAUUAUGAUGAUGGACAUGUUGCUUUGGGAUCAUCUUCUGAUGAUAGUCACCUACCUCUUUGGUUUCUAAUGUAUAUUAUUCACAGGUAAAAUUGCUUUUCUCCAUAGGGAUCUUAGAGAACAUAAACACUGUAGUAGAUAGUAGUAGUACAUUGAAGUGUAUCAUGAGAUAUAAACUAGAUUUCAAGCAGAUAUUAGUAAGUAUAUUUGAAAUUAGACUUUCUCUGAGGAAAGUCAACAUGAUCUGUUCUUAUCUUAUCUAUUUGCAGUAGGUCUUGAGAUUCCUUUUAUGGUUGGAGUUGAAACUGAGCUUUGUUUUCUUUGUCUGAUUUUUUAUGAACAAUCCUUAGGUACUUUCAUGCUCCCUGGUAGGCAUUGUGCAUCGUUUGGUGAGAGUUCUGCUAAGAGGCUAGGUGUUUGUGAAAGACCAUGAGGGGCCUUUGUGAGAAAUCACCAACGCUGAACAGCAGUUCUCUUUACACUGGAUCAUCUCGAUCAGAGGAUGGUUUACAAACCAUUUUGAACAUUUUUAUUAUGUAUACAUUUUGAAAGCUUUAAAAAAAAAGUACUGUGGUGUACCUUUGAAAAAUUUAGGUGCAGAAUCAUAUGUUGCCUAUUCUCCUAUAUUUUCUUGAGGGGAAAAAUAAUACCACCACUGGUUGUUACUGUUGGCUGACAUAAUCAGAAAUGUUUUUGUUUUUCCUUCUGGCUAACGAGUAAGAAGCAUGAAAGAGGAAAUAAACUAUUUGUGUUCAAAAGAAAUCCCCAAUAGUCUGGAAAGGUGAUCUUCAGACUUUCAAGUGAAUUUGUGUUCCAGUGUUCCCAGGUGGGGUUGUAAACAGUACAGACCCCCAGCACCCUGAGAGGGUCUGAGAUUGGGGCCAGGAAUGCACACUUUUGUUUGGUUCAGAAUUCAGCCUGAUUCUGAUCCACAUGGUCUCUGGGCCAAACUUCAAGAAACACUCCUGUGGAAAAUACAUCCACUUAAAUAUUGUCUGUUUUAUCCAAAAAAUAUUUGUUUUGUGUUGGAAGUCAUUAUCUCCGAGUGCAUGGAUAAUCCACAUUGAGAGGAAAAUCUGUGUAUCAUUGUGCCUAAUUUGCUGCCACUUGUGUUAGUGCUGGAUCGAGCCAGUGUCAGCUUCAGUGUCUUUCAACUGACAAAAUUUUGGCAAACCAAACAGUAGAGCAAAAAAAAAAAGGUGACUUAAUAUAUGAAAGUCAUGACUUUUGGGAUUUUGAUUCCUCUAAUAUUUUCUUUUCUCAUAGAGAGGUGUCUUUAUUGUAUGUAACCUCUGGAAGAGUAUGAGGGGAAUGUAAAGAUUCAUGUAAUUCCUGUUGCCUUGCUUAUGCCAGUUGUGUUCGAUGGAAGCAUGAAGAAAAUAAAAUAACCAUUUUAAUCUAUGUAUUUCAGAUGCUGACAAGGAUAUUUAACUUAAUCUUGAUCUUUGCUUUUGUUUACAUGAAAAUAUUUAUGUAUAUAUCACAGAAAAAAAUGUUCACUUGCUUGACAUUUGAUUCUUCCAUAAUUUUAAGUUUACAGGACUGUUCAAUUCAAAUUUAUUUUCACAACCACUAUCUUCAUUGAAAAUUCAAUUUUUAUAAUAAUAAAUGAAGACAUCAAAGCACAUGUUUGUUAUUACAAGUAAAUGGUAAUACAUUUCUUAUAUAUUGGUACUAGUCCUUUGUAAUUAAAAUUAAUUUAUUUUACAAUAGCACCUAACAUGUAUAAAAAUUACUCUGCAUUUGGGUUGUAAUAUUCAAACAUCAAAAAGUAUGAUUAUUUGUGCAUAUUCUGAUUACAACCAGGUAAGAGCUCCCAAUAAGAUAAUGAAUAAAUGCCUAACAUUUCUAAAA